GGUUUUCUGAAUCUAGCUCUGUUAGAUUUCAGAAAUUCUCCUGGAGAAGGAACUGCCUUUCCAGACCAGCUAUUGAAGGGGAGAAGAACUCAGAAUCUUACAGAAGCCUUUCUGUUGCUGUCAGCACCCCUUUAAUUGAAUAAAAUAAUGGCAACUGCUGGUAGUGAGACACACAAUCCCCUAGAACCUGGAAUCCCGAAGCUACAGUUUGUUCCCUUCACCAGUGCCUUGGAUGCAGGAUUCUGGCAUGAGCUGACACAGAAGAAACUCAAUGAGUAUAGAUUAGAUGAGACUCCGAAAGGAAUCAAAGGCUACUACUAUAAUGGUGAUCCUUUUGGUCUACCAGCUCGUUUAACAUUGGAGUUUAGUGCCUUUGAUUUGAAUGCUGCCACCCCAGCACACUGCUGUCCUGCUGUCGGAACAUUAUAUAACACCAACACUUUUGAAUCUUUCAAAUCCUGUGAUAAGAAGUCACUUUUGGAAAAAGCAGCAAAUGAGAUAUGGGAGACGAUAAAAUCGGGGACUGCCCUUGAAAACCCUAUGCUCUUGAACAAAUUCCUGCUUCUGACUUUUGCAGAUUUAAAAAAGUAUCGCUUCUAUUACUGGUUUUGCUACCCUGCUCUCUGCUUCCCUGAUGGCAUACCUAUUGUUCAGCAGGCAGUCUGCCUAGGUGAAAGGUUCUCUCCAACUCAGAUUCAAGCGCUCCAGAAAGCAUAUGAUGAACUUUGCCAGAUGGAAGGAGUUACAGCCUUACCUUACUUUUUAAUCAAGUAUAAUGACAAGUCUGUUUUGGUGUCACUGCUUAAAAACUGGAAUGAUUUCUUCCAAGAUCAAGAAGAAAAGGUGACAGUUGGAGUUUAUGAUCCCUGCAGUUUUACCCAGUAUCCAGGAUGGCCGCUGAGGAACUUACUGGUCAUGGCAGCACACAGAUGGGGUAGUCACCUCCAUUCAGUUGAAGUGCUCUGCUUUAGAGACAGGACCAUGCAAGGCGUGAGAGACCUAACACACAGCAGCAUCUUUGAAAUAAAGCUUCCACAGAUGCCACAGAGCCCAGUAGAUUGUCCAAAAGCUGUUGGAUGGGAGAAAAACCAAAAAGGAAGCAUGGGUCCAAGAAUGGUGAAUCUCAGCGAAUGUAUGGAUCCUAAAAGGUUAGCUGAGUCAUCUGUGGAUCUUAAUCUUAAAUUGAUGUGCUGGCGGUUGGUGCCUACUCUUGACCUGGAGAAAGUUGUGUCUUCUAAGUGUCUGCUGCUAGGAGCGGGUACGCUGGGUUGUUGUGUAGCUAGAACCUUAAUGGGAUGGGGAGUCAGACAGAUCACAUUUGUGGACAAUGCAAAAAUCUCCUAUUCCAACCCUGUACGGCAGCCUCUAUAUGAGUUUAAAGACUGUCUUGAUGGUGGGAAGCCUAAGGCACUUGCGGCAGCAGACAGACUGCAAAAAAUAUUCCCAGGAGUGAAUGCAGAAGGAUUUGACAUGAGCAUCCCCAUGCCAGGUCACCCCGUAAAUUUUUCUGAAGUCACCAUGGAACAGGCUCGAAAGGAUGUGGCUCAUCUUGAACGUCUCAUUGAUGCUCAUGAUAUUAUUUUCCUGUUAAUGGACACUAGGGAAAGUCGCUGGCUUCCUGCUGUCAUUGCAGCCAGCAAGAGGAAGCUUGUCAUUAAUGCUGCGUUGGGAUUUGACACAUUUGUUGUGAUGAGACAUGGACUAAAGAAACCAAAGCAGCAGGAAUCUGGUGAUUCAUGUUCCAACAAUGCCUCUAGCUCUGCUGAUCUCCUGGGAUCAUCGCUCUUUUCAAACAUCCCUGGCUAUAAACUUGGCUGCUACUUCUGCAAUGAUGUUGUAGCACCGGGGGAUUCCACCAGGGAUCGGACAUUGGAUCAGCAGUGCACAGUCAGUCGACCCGGAUUAGCAAUGAUAGCCGGAGCCCUUGCAGUAGAGCUAAUGGCUUCUGUUUUACAGCAUCCAGAAGGUGGUUAUGCUGUUGCUAGCAGCAGUGAUGACAGAAUGAAUGAACCACCUACCUCUCUUGGGCUUGUGCCUCAUCAGAUUCGUGGCUUUUUAUCAAGAUUUGAUAAUGUCCUUCCUGUCAGCCUUGCAUUUGACAAGUGCACAGCCUGCUCUCCCAAAGAGUUGCUGGGAUUCUGAAUUGAAUUUUACCAGAAAACUGUUACAUACCACUCGUGUGUCUGUGUGAGGCCUCUUCCUUGCUGGAUUGUUUUCCUGUAUUGUAUCCUUGAAAACUGUUUUAGGCAACUUUUCUGGGACUGUGUAGUGUAAGUCCUAGUGGUCUUGACUGGGAUAUCUCAAUAUGAAGAGUCAGUGGUUUAAGUCAAAAUUUGGCACACAUGGAAAUGCUAUUAAUUCAGUCAAGUUUUGUGUACCCAGAGACUCACUGCAGGAAUUUCUUUCCAUUCUCUGCACUAAACUCAUCCUUCAUAUUUAAAAAUACAGAUCUUGAGGGGCUGGGGAUUUUUUUUUUGAAGAUUUAGAAUUCUGUCUUGCAGAAGCUUCUGUUGAUAUAGUAUACCACUCAUUCCUUUAGUAUAGCUUAUAUGUUAGUCCAGGCCCUCAAGGACUUUUAUGUGCAUAUUCUCUUCAAAAACUCCAGUGCUAAAUUUACAAACUCUUAGUUCUGUUGGGAGCACAUCUCUACUCUCUUGAGUGGCUAAGCAAUAUAGUGGUCAUUAAAAAAACAGUCAUUUUCUCUUUAUUUCCACUAGUAUGUUUUUGCAGAGGUACUCUAUGGGGGUCAUCCUAGGUGUUUUGUUUUUUAUAAAAGAAAGAUAAUCUUUUUAUCCUGUUUGUUUUGAAAGUACGGAAUCUGAUAUUUCAUACUAAAUUUGUCUGUCCACCUAAGUAGCCUUUUCACCUCCUGUUCAUCUACCCUAUGACUAGAGAUACUGACCACAUACAGCUUUGAGGUACACGUACUCGUGUGUACACAGACACACAAACACACACAUCCACACACACACACACACACCCUCACCCCAUUAAAUUAAAUGCGGGUAUCCGUUUUUGUUAGCAAAUGAUUUCCUCUUGGUGGUCAUUUUAAAAGAGCCCUGUUUUACAUAAACAGUCCUGAUGAUUUAAUAAAAACUGACUUGGAUUUUAGCAGCUGUGCUAUUCCCAUAGAGAUCACUUUUCAUGCGGUUUGAGUAUUAAAUUACUUUUGUGCUGAAAAGGUUGCUUCAUUGGUACAUGUAUUUCCUUACAGUAGAAACACAGCAUUUGUUUAUUUGGCUAACUCCCUUAAUUAGCAUAGGAGUAUGUCACCCCCUAUUAUCUGGAUAUCUGAUACUAAUACUUCGAAAUGACAAAUCCAAUUAUAUUUUCAUGGUUUUUUGGAUGUGAAUUUUUCUUAAUGCAUAAACUUAACAUAAUUUCAUCAUGGCUCAGAUCAGAGAUGCCAUUGAUUUUGUUCCUCUCCUGUGCUGUAAAUGCUUUUGUAAAAGCUGUUUUUUGGCAUUAUUGCACCUAUUUUAACAUUAUUAAUUUUUAUUCUUCUGUCCCCAGCCCCAUUCUUGCAUUAGCAUUUUACACCUCCUUUGAAUAAAAAGAAAAAAAUUUAACAGCCACAAUGUUAAAUUUUAACAGGUACAGCUGGUAGAUGCUGAUGAGGCAGCUAAACAGCCUUAACAUUUGGAGCUUAGAUUUCAUUUCACUUCACUUUAACCUAGAAGAGUCCCAGACAUUCAAGCAUCAAGUUAUCCCUUAUCUGUCCAAAAUAGGCUGCAUGCCAAGGAGGCUCUCAUUUU